AUGUCGUUCCUAUCACGCUUGAAUUUGAUCCCCCAAUUCCCAACAUACCCCGGCCCUUACCAUGUUGGCUCAUUCGAACUAGAGAUUCCGGCAUCGUCAUUGGAGCCCACCUCCAAGCGGUCGCCACCAGAUACUAAGGUCGAAACAGUACAGUUUCGGGUUUUUUACCCAGCAGAAAAGCCCGAUUCAGCAAAUACAACGGGAUGGUUUGGUAACACGGCAAAGAAAUCCAUCAGAUGGCUUCCCGAACCAUAUCAACGGGAGUACCUGAGCGGCUACGCACGGUUUAUGGGAGUAAGCUCUAGGUUCGCGGAAAUAGUUUCGUAUCUUCCCCGAGCACUCUACUACAUUUCGUUACCAGCGACAGCCAAUGCGCAGCUAUUAGGGGGGAAACCACCGGAGUUUAGAUUCCCGACCAUGGUUUUCUCGCACGGCCUUGGCGGAACGAGGCUGGCGUAUUCGCACAUCUGCGGCUCCAUCGCCUCCUAUGGCGUGAUUGUGGUUGCGCCCGAGCACCGUGAUGGAAGCGGUCCGGUGAGCUUCGUCAAAGUGCCAGCAAUGAAGGGCGCCCGCGUUUCUGGGGGAAAGUCUGAAGCAGGAAAGCCUGAUGUUAAUGAAAGCUCUGCGAAGGCCCCAGUGAAGGACACAAACGGGAGGAUUCAAGUGGACUAUAGAGCUUAUCCUCACCAAGUCUCUGCGGAAACGGAGAAUGGGAGAAACAAGCAGCUUGAGAUUCGCUUGUGGGAAUUAAGUCUCAUUUAUUCGGCACUUUCUAAAAUCGAUAUCGGAAAAGUCCCCGAGGACGCGAUUAUGUCUAGUGAUGAAGGAGAAAUCAAUGAAGGAACAAUGAGUCCUGAGGCAAAAAAUCUAUUAUCAACCUUCAAAGGAAAUUUGGAUGUUAAAGACCCGGGAAAGCUGAUCUGGGCUGGUCACUCCUUCGGUGCUGCGACCAUGAUCCAAUUUCUCAAAAGCGUCUAUUACCCACCUCCGACGAAACCGUCAAUAAACCCCCUCUUGGCCCUAGAUGCUUCUCUCCCCCCAAAUUCCUUCGAUGUUCUGCCGCUUGGCAAGCAGAUAACAGCCACAUCGCCUCUCCUCCUCCUGGAUCUGUGGUGCCUUCCGCUGCUGGGCAAGCGAACAAGCCACCUAUUCAAACAGCCCCUCCCACAAAUAUCAAAUAAACCAAACCUUGUCUUAGUAAUAAUGUCCGAGGAGUUCUUUCGCUGGAAAGAAAACCUCCGUGGUGUGAAGCGCAUCCUCUCCCCAGAGCCGGGCCAGAAGAGAGGUACGCCCCACCACGAAAUCUUCGAAAAGUGGGACGAGGAAGAUACUGGAGAUGCUAGAGACACCGCCGCUCACGAAGAUAUGUCAAAACACUUCCAUCCAAAUAACGACCUCCUCUCACCAUCAAUAUCACCGGCCGUUGGAUUAUCCUCUACUCCCGACCAAGGCGGCCAAAUUAUACCGCCAACAGCCACUCCUUCACCCACUCCGGAAAGGCAGCACAAGCACCAACAUCACGUAGUUAAAAAUAGAGAACCACGCUUUUACUACGUCAGGAAAUCCGCACACCUAUCGCAGAGCGACUUUGGAAUACUUUUCCCGGUAGUCGCGCGUCAUGCGGAGAACCCGCGAAGGAUAUUGGACCUAAACGUCCGCGCUACGAUUCAGUGGCUCCGCGAGGCUGGGUAUAGCGAUAGACUCGCGAAGACAGAACACUUGGAAGAGCUAGUCCAUGGCUUACACCUCAACGGUGACGACAUGGACAAGGGCGAGGAAUCGAAGAACAGGGAAGGCGAUUGGGGAAUAUGGGAAGAGGGGGGCACGGGUGCGGAAGGGUGGGGAAGGAUUGAUCUCGAAGAGACGGACAUUCCUGAGGUCAAAAUUUAGUCAAGUGAAAAACGAAAAGCAAUAAGACAUAUGGUAAUUGGCUGGAGGUACAUAUAAGAUUAAAUUUCCAUGUUAGAUUGUAUUUCUUCUUUCCCUCUUUUUCUUUCUUUUCUUUCCCUUGCUUUCUUUUUCUCGUGCUAGCGUAUUUUGUUCGAAGUGCAAACAAAAAGCCACUUGCGCGGACCACUUUUUUGUUUUUUUACAGGGAUUGUACUUGCAGAGAUAUGGCCGUUGGGAAUCUAUAGGUAGCCUUGUGCUGUAUGACGUUACUAUUGCGAAUGAGAAGAGGGAAAGCCCAUGCAAUG